GGUUUCAAAAGAGGGAGAGAGGAUUUAAAGGAGGCCACGUUUUGAAGGCUCUUCACCACUUUUUCCCCCAAACACCGCCUUCUAGGGUUUUAGCUCUUGCUCCCUUCUCUCCCUCUCUCUAGUCAUCUCUUCUUAUUCUUCUUCUCUGCAACAAUGAGCAACGACAAAGAAAGCUUCACCAUGUCCGAUCUCACUUCUGCUCUCAACGAAGAAGAUCGAGCAGGCCUCGUCAACGCUCUUAAGAAUAAGAUACAGAGUUUGGCAGGCCAGCACUCUGAUGUGUUGGAGAACUUGACACCGAAUGUUAGAAAGCGGGUCGAGGUUCUUAGGGAAAUCCAGAGUCAACACGAUGAGUUAGAAGCCAAAUUUUUUGAAGAGAGAGCAGCUCUUGAAGCCAAAUAUCAGAAGCUGUAUCAGCCUCUGUACACCAAGAGGUAUGAUAUAGUCAAUGGUGUUAGUGAAGUUGAAGGAGUUACUGCUGAAGCAGCAACAGAUAAAGAGGAGGAUAAAGAUGCCAAUGAAGUAGGAGUGCCUGAUUUCUGGCUCAAUGCAAUGAAAAAUAAUGAAGUCCUAGCUGAGGAGAUUUCUGAGCGUGACGAAGGAGCUCUCAAAUACCUCAAGGACAUCAAGUGGUGCAGGAUAGAUAAUCCUAAGGGUUUCAAACUUGAAUUCUUCUUUGAGACUAAUCCUUUCUUUAAGAACACUGUCUUGACAAAAACAUAUCACAUGAUCGAUGAAGAUGAACCCAUUCUAGAGAAAGCAAUAGGGACGGAAAUUGAAUGGCUUCCUGGAAAAUGCUUAACACAGAAGAUUCUAAAAAAGAAGCCUAAGAAGGGUGCGAAGAAUGCUAAGCCAAUUACAAAAACUGAAAAUUGUGAAAGUUUCUUCAAUUUCUUUAAUCCACCUCAAGUUCCUGAAGAGGAUGAAGAUAUUGAUGAAGAUGCGGCUGAGGAGCUUCAGAACCAGAUGGAGCAAGAUUAUGACAUUGGGUCAACCAUUCGUGAUAAGAUUAUUCCUCAUGCUGUUUCUUGGUUCACGGGAGAGGCUAUUCAAGGAGACGAAUUUGGAGACCUAGAAGAUGACGAUGAUGAAGACAUUGACGAGGAUGAAGAUGAUGAGGAAGAUGAGGAUGAUGAAGAGGAUGAGGACGACGAUGAUGAGGACGAUGAUGAAGAUGAAGAGGAAACCAAGACCAAAAAGAAGCCAUCAGCUGGGUCAAAGAAAAGUGGAAGAACAGCAGGUGCGGAUGGUCAGCAAGGCGAGAGGCCUCCAGAAUGCAAACAACAGUAGAUUUGAUAGUUUGCGUGCAUGGAGGUGUGAGUGGCUUAGAGAUUUUCCACACAUUGAGAGAAGGGUUCUCGGACAGUUUUGGGUGCUUCAUCAUCACUUUCACUUUCAUUAUAUAUAAUUUAUUUUUCUUUCACAUCAUGUUAUGGAGAAUGAUUUGGGAAGGUCGGGGGUUCUUUUUUUUUUUCUUGUGUUCCAUCGGGUCUAAUGUGGUCAAAAAGUAGGCGUGUCUCUUAGUUGUGAUUUCUUGAUAUUCAUGUUAUGGAAGUGGAUGCUUUUUAGAAUCUCAUUGAGAGUAUAUUUGUGAUUUUUCUA